GACUUAUAUUAUAUUGUCUUUUACUUGUUCUGAUUUCUUGCAUUGUACAGGCUAGAAGAGAAAAGUUAAUGAAAAAAGAAGGAUAUACUAUAUAUAAUAUACACUCCAUCUGCAAGGAAUUGUUUAUCAGCUUCAUAAAUUAAAAAAGGUCCAGUGUGUAACAUUUAGAAGGAUCUAUUGUCACAAACUGACAACAAUGCCAGUAAAUCUUUCACAGUGGACCUUUAACUAAGUGAUUCCAUAAAAAACUCCUGAAUCCUGACAAACAUACAUAUCACUCGCAGACCAAAAGUUAAUGUCGCAUACAGCCUUGGAAUUGAACACAAAUAAUGUGAGCACCACUACAGUUUGCAUAUUUUCCCUAACAAUGAUGACAACGACAGUCUGCUAGUCGGCCCACCACUGUGGUCCAGAGUGAAAUAUCUCAACAACCCCUGAUUGAUUGCCAUGAAGUUGUGUAUUUACAUUUAAGUUGUACAAUUGGUGAGAUAAUGCAUUGGUGACGCUUUUGACUCAAAGGUCAAGGUAAUAGUGACCUCAAAAUUAACUUGACGAACAGUUUUAGUCAUAACCCUUACCUUUACACUACCCAAAAGGUGAAAGGUCAUCUCCACUCUGAAAUCAUAAUGUCCUGGAAAAAUACUUUUUUGUUGUUUAUUGUCAUUCAACACCAUAACUCUGGAAAAGAAGGAGAGAUUGCAGUGUUAUUUCACAGUCAGUGAAGGGCCUGCUGUAUUUUUCCCUUGCUGUUGUCAUGAAUGCCUUGGGAGCACCUGGGCAGUCUCCCAGGGGCAUUUAAGGUCCAGCUACCUGUCAUUCACUCUCUCUUUGUUUCUCUGGCACCAUGUUUCUGUUUGGUUGGACUCUGCCUGGUUAUUAGUUGGAUUUUGCACCUUACUACACCCUCACCCAUCACUUAUUCCCUCAUGCACCUACUGACACGCUGAUGUUACUGAUUAUCACAUCUUAUUGUUUUCAACAUAUUUCCUGUAUAUUAUUUGAGUUGCAUUAUGGUUAAGUAAUACAAUGGUACAUCUUUAAGUUUAAAACAGUUUAAAGUUUAAAAGAGAGAUUGAAGCGUUAUUUCACAGUUAUUGAAGGGCCUGCUGUAUAUUUCCUUUGCCCUGGGAGAACCUGGGCCGUCUCCCAGGGGCAUUUAAGGUCCAGCCGUCCCGUUAUUCACUCUCUCUUUGUUUCUCCGGCACCAUGUUUCUGUUUGGUUGGACUCUGCCUGGUUAUUAGUUGGAUUCUGCAACUUACUACACCCUCACCCAUCACUUAUUUACUUAUACAACUACUGACACACUGAUAUUACUAACUACCACAUCUCAUUAUUAGUCUCUUCAGUAUAUUUCCUGUAUGUUAUUUGAGUUGCAUUAUGGUUAAGUUAUACAAUGGUACAUGUUUAAGUUUAAAACUGUUUCCCUCCUAUUUAUGCAUGGUCCACAAGACGGGUAAUGACAGCCGGUCACUUUUGACUUAAAGGUCAAAGGUCAUUUUGACCUAAAAAUAGGUUUUUAGCCAUAAUUUAAGAAUGGAUUGGUCGAUUGCAGAUUUCAAACACACACGCUGACUGGGACGACACAAUAAGUGAGCAAUAACUAACACAGUAUGGGCUUUCAUCUUUCCACCUUAUCCAUUCUCCUAUUCACUUCUGUAGGUGCUAUGAUAAAUCACAGUGGUACCAUACAGUGGUGUAAUUGUAGCGUAAUCAAUUAAUUUUGGUCCUCAUUAUAAUAGAAAAUGACUUUAAUUAAUAUUAAAGUUCCUCGGGGCACCACCCUGAAAUAAGGAAAAACUGAAGCCAAUAAUUAAUUGAUCAGUCUCAUAAAAAACACUAAACUAUUAAUUCAGAAAUUGGAUUAACCCUAACCCAUCGCGUGCCAUCAAGCAGCAUCAAGUAACGGUCACAGGAAGUGACCGAAUGAGGUGACAGGAAGUGACCUGUCACAAUAAAAGUCCAGUUAACCACACCAAAUGAAUGAGUUCAUAUUUAAAGGCCCCCCUUUACCUUAUACUUCCUGCCUCAUUCUGAAUUUCGAGUGUCAUCUGAAUCAUGUGAUUACAAACUUAUUGGAGCGCGCCUAGCUGACGAUGAUCCUGGGAGUGAGUUAUACCUACAGCUCAUGUUCAGCUCAGGGAUCAUUUGCGUCUAAAAAUGUCAUGAUAAAACAAAAGCACCACAUUUUGUGUCUGUGCUUCUCAAGAAUCCAUCCCUACGUAAUAAACAAGUACACGUGUGAUGUAUAUUCACUAGAAUCAUACAUAUCUUCAAAAAAUUCCAGAAGUGAAUUUGACAUUAAAGUUUUGAGUUUUACAGAUUUGGAGAUUCCGCCUAAAACGUCCUUUACUAAAACCUCUGUAACUUUGCUUUGCUUCACUGUAUUAAAAUCAAUCUUGGCACAGGUAAUGUUCAGAUAUUACAAUAAUAAAAGUACAAUGCAAUCACACAAAAUGAACAAAUUGGUAUUUAAAGGUCCCAGUGAUUCCAACAUAUAUUAGCUCAGGAGAGCUCAACUUUCAACACAGUUUAAAUGGACAAUUAACUCUAAAUGACACCUUUACUUCAUACAUCAUAUUUAGUGAAAGAGACAGGUCAUGUGCUGAGAAUGGGAUUGGGCAGAGGUGAAGAGGAAGGAGGUGUAGACAGGGAGGAUAGAGAUAAAUCAGUUGUGUGACAAAAAGGUUUGGUCAUAAAGCUGCCAGAGCUCUGUGCUGAUGGAGACCUUGGAGGGAAGUGAACUCUGCUUUCCACAACUCCUCAACACCUCCUGCAGGAAGAUUGGGGGUGCUCACUUUGAGACCAUGCUGAUUAACAUUCUGCUGUCCUCCAUCUCUCUGAUCACUGCAGUUCUUAACCUGCUGGUCAUCAUCUCUAUCUCCCACUUCAAGCAGCUCCACACCCCCACCAACUUCAUCCUCCUCUCUCUGGCUGUCUCAGAUUUCUUCAUGGGUUUCGUAAUGUGCUUUCAAAUUAUGUACUUAGAUGGCUGCUGGUUCUUUGGUGACCUCAUGUGUGCAUUUGGUCAGUAUCUAGUAUACGUAGUUACCUCUGCCUCAGUUGGAACCAUGGUGAUUAUAUCUGUUGACCGUUAUGUUGCUAUUUGUCAUCCUCUGCAUUACUCCACCAAAGUCACAGAAAAAAGAGUUAUAGUCUGUAUUUGUCUGUGUUGGAUAUGGCCUCUAAUCAUUCAAGGUCUGAGUCUAAUUGAUGUCCUGGAACAACCAGGCAGGUAUAACUCCUGUGUUGGAGAGUGUAUCAUUGUUGUUAACUAUAUAGCUGGAUUUGUAGAUCUUAUUUUUACCUUCAUCGUUCCCAUUACUGUCAUUGUAGUUCUGUAUAUGAGAGUUUUUGUGGUGGCUGUGUCUCAGGCUCGUGCCAUGCGGUCACAUAUUGCAGCUGUCACACUCCAGAAAUCAGUGAAAGUAACUGCUAAAAAAUCUGAAAUGAAAGCAGCCAGGGCUCUUGGUGUUGUUGUAGUUGUGUUUCUAAUAUGUAUCUGCCCAUAUUAUUGUGUUGCUAUUACAGGCCAAGAUAACUUACUCAAUGUUUCAUCUGUUGGCUUGAUAAUAUGUUUGCUGUGUUUAAACUCCUGUCUAAACCCCAUGAUCUAUGCCUUUUUUUAUCCCUGGUUUAGAAAAUCCAUUAAGCUCAUUGUUACAUUAAAGAUACUGCAGCCUGACUCCUGUGAGACCAACAUACUGUAGAGAGACUCUGUGUAAUGCCUGAGAUUUGUCUUUGCAUUAAUAGAAAAAUUUACUUGGUCAUGGAAAUUGCCAUUCUGUUUAUUAAUAUAACAGUGGAGCUAUUUGGGGUUUGUCCAUCUGCAUGUAUUUUGGACAAAUCACCACGUCUAGGAUUCACUGUACAGUCUGUAGGUAUCAGGACUGUGACACAUUUUUGUUAUGCUGACUGUAUGCUUAAGCACAGUGGAUGUGGAAGUUUUAUAUCCACAUUAAAAGAAAAGUGUAGGCAGUUGUACCCUGUAUUAUACAUGACUGAAGUCUGGGACCCACAGACAUUAGCCGAUACUUUGUAUUGUAUCUACCUGGAGAUGUUGUGCCAGGCCUGUAAUGCAGCCAUUUUGUAUGUGAACACCUUUAAAUACAAGCCCAUUUAAAGCUAA